UGGUGAGGUCCCCAAGUAGUGAGCAUAGAAGACCAUGGUGGCCUUUGGCCCUACUGCCAUUUCCCAACCCACUUAUUACGUCUCUAGACUUGAAAGUGCAAAACACGAUACACUUAGCAUAUCUGGGCUUGCGUUGGAAGUACAGAACACGAUCGUCCACGACGACUUCACAACACGGUGUUGGGACUAUUGUCGAUUCUGAAUUUGGUGACCAGCCAAUCGGAUAUUCCGACGCCGCGCCAGGCCUAGGUAUGUAUUCAAAUGUAGAACUCGUACGUUCGCGCAUCAGCACGAUGUGCAUUAUAUUUGUUGUUUCUCUCUUUGCAUCAUCAUUUCCUUUACUCUCAAAGCGUCUCACGUUUCUUCAAAUACCUCGCAUCGUCUUUUUUAUUGGAAAACACUUUGGAACAGGCGUCAUCCUGUCCACGGCCUUCGUUCAUCUCCUCCAAGACUCUUUUGAGGCUUUGAGCAAUCCAAUUUUACGCUCUCGCUCGAAGAUAGGGGAUUUUACUGGUCUUAUCGUACUAAUCUCGCUAUUGGCCAUAUUCUUGAUUGAAUAUGUAUCCACCUCAUACGUGGACCGGCUCCAGUCAUACAGUUCACCGAUUCAAUCUCCACAGUCGUCUACUCCAACUGCGUCGACACCUAUUUCUACGACACCUUCCCAUCGCAACCAUACGCCUCAGCCACAAGAAAGCUGUGCUUCCCAAUCUGAGCGCACGCAUCUUGUAUCUUCUCAUUCUCAUUCCUCCCACAGCCCUCGACGUACACGAUCGUUCUCGUAUGGGUCUACAAGCCAGCCGCACAGGCACGAUUCCUACUUCUUCGAAGGACAUCACAGACACGAAGCCAGGUGCUCCCACGAUACGCACCACGAACGCGGAUUCAAGUUGUCGUCAUCAUAUGGCCCAGAAGACUUCGAACAGGGUGUUGUAAAUGACAUUGUACAUGACCGAGAGCUGCACGUUGAGCAUGGGCAUUCGCAUUCACAUACGCUUGAUUCUGAAAUAAAGGAAGUUCAAGUCGGAAAGAAACGGCAGAUUGUCGGCAUUCUCGUGUUGCAAUUAGGCAUCAUGAUACAUUCCGUUAUCAUAGGUCUAACAUUAGCGAUCACUCAGGGCCCCGAGUUCACGUCACUCCUCGUGGCUAUCAUUUUUCACCAGCUUUUUGAGGGACUAUCGCUCGGUAUUCGGAUAGCAUCCCUUCCCUCAUCGGACGAUGGAGGCACCAAGUAUAUGGCCAUUUUAAGAUCUACUCUUAUCAUGCUCUUUGCAUUUACCAACCCUGCAGGCAUUGCAAUCGGUCUCCUGGCAUUCAGGCGGGGUCACGACGUCGUGGAGAUGCUCCUCAUUCAAGGAAUCAUGUCUGCCAUUUCCGCAGGGAUGUUGAUGUAUGCCGCGUGUGUUGAGAUGCUUGCGGGAGAUUUUGUGAUGGACCCAAUUUUGUGGCGUAGCGGGCUUUGGAAACAGGCGCUUGCGUUGGUGAGCUUGGGCGCGGGGGUGGUGGCUAUGGCACUCGUGGGGACGUGAUGUGUCUGGAUCCGAUUGUUGUCUUAUUGGGGGUAGGAUACCCUAUGUAGGACGUUUCUAUCUAGGAAAGUGGGACAUCCGUGUCUCUACUGCAAAUGCCCCAAUGGGGGGGGAGGUGAUUUCCAUUGGUCCGCCGUUCCCGCCGGCUGAUGGUAGUAGUGGUAACAUCUUUAUCCUGUACAGUUACCUAUAUGUGGUGUAUUUAUUGUUCAACACUGUC